UUAAAAAUUAUUUGAUUCGCCGCUGCUCAUAUUUACCAGGGUUUGGGCCAGGAAAUGGAACUUAAGUUGGGAUUGAAAAAGACUAUAGGGAACAGAAUUGGAAUUGAAUUCGAUUUUCAGGUAAUUCGAUUUUCAGUUCCAUUUCAUGAUUUGGAUCGAAAUUAUCAAUGCAUUCCGGAAUGGCCCCAACCAAGUUUUAUACAAUCCGUCUUUGAAAGAGCACAAGGACGCUCAAUUGUGUGCAAAUUCAGGGCGUGAAAUCGCACAGACGUUAAUAAAAGAAGAAACCUUCUACACACGGGAGAGCAAAUCUUAAGGAAAUGGACAGCCUGGAUUUCUCCGAGGAAGAGAUUGCACAGCAGCUGGCAGACCUGGGUUUUACAGGGCUACCGAGACACAGGCUGUGUGAAUUUAAACGGGACCUCGAUCUGCUAAUUCGUCAGGAGACGUCCGCUGAUUGUACUUCAAGCUACGGUUCUGCAUUGGGGUUCGACAGCUGCGACAGUGAGGCGUCUCCUGCACUCGAUGACAAUGCAUCUUUCAAAAUCGUGGCAGAGUCUUUACCCCCUGAGAGGCAGGCACGCCUCCCUAUGGAUGCUGCAGAUAUACACACCUUCCCAGGGAAAGAGAGACGGUGUGAUUUGUACGCUCGGUAUUCAGUCGCAGCAAAGCAUCCCCAUGCAGCCUACAGACAGGAAGCUGAAGAUGACCUGUGCAGCCAUAGUGAUUCUGCACUUUCACACAUCAGCCUGGCCUCAAAGUCUGAGAGAGAGGGCCUGGCUUCUGGGAAGGCUGUUAUGAAGCGCAAAGUUGUAAGGAAACAAAGGGGUCGCCUUCAUAUCUGUGAUGAAUCCACAUGCAGUGCAGACACUGUUAGUAGGCUAGGAGAGCAGCUUGAGGGACUGCAGAUGUCCGUGUGUUCAUAUCCUGACUCUGAGCUGCAGCCUGAGGAUAGAGACUCCCUGAGUGACGUAUGCGACUCUGAGGCUACAGUCUGUGAUCUGUCCUCUCGGUCAGGCCUUCGUCCGUAUACCGGGGCCAUGUACAGGUCGCAGAGUGAGAGUGACAUACUGCCUCGUCCAAAAUCCUUUAUCCAGUCGCAGCAUAAGCAUCCUCACAUGAGGAACGUGAAGAAGACUGAUCUGGUUGCAAAGUAUUUCAAGUACAAACAAGACUGGGAAACCUUCAGAGUACCAGGAGAGAAGGAUCGGAAAGAACUGCGCUGGGAGAUACGGGAGCAAAUGAUGUACAAAAGCCAGCCUGUACCAAAGCCUCGAAGGACAUAUGUGCCAAACAGCUACGUCGUUCCGACACAGAAAAAACGAUCAGCACUGAGAUGGGAGGUGCGACAUUAUUUAGCCAAUGGGAUCCUUCCCUCUAAUGUCACUUAGAUCCUCUUUUAAGUGUCUUAAUCUUGUACACGUGUGUUAUGAACUGUAAGAUGUUAGCAGAUGCUGAGCAUUUUAUUUAAAUAUUUAUACACAAUGUUUUUAAACAGUUGAGUGGUGCUGUAUUUAGGGAAAGUCGCUAUAGGGGAGCCUGAAGGGGUACAGCGGCGUGAACCGUGAGUCAUGCCACAGCAGCUUCUUCUCCAGAAAUUUCACAGCGUCCAGCGUGAGCACCAGGCUCUCGUGCUUCAGCAUGCUGUGAACGUUCAGGCCUGUCGGGGAUAAAAGGAGGGUCAGUCAGCAUUAAGGAUAUCUGUUGCACCACCCUUUCCAAUCACACAGCUGUCUCAUUACUGCAACAUAACUGGUACCAAGUACUGACGAGUAAACACUUGCUAGUUCUGGUUCUCUAAUUUAAUUAGCUCAGGAUAAUGGUCUAUGCAAGAACGUCAGGGCACAGACUGCCCCGCCCGAUCUAGGCCACUACUUUCUUUUGCAUUGGAUGAGACCUGUGAAGCUGCUUCUAUCUAUUCAUGUAUCUGUAAAUAUGGACUGCAAUUGUUUUUCAACUGAACUCUCCCUGCCCUGGAUACAAAUGUAACAUCGCCUCAGGAGACAACUGUGAUAAUAAUAAAGCUUUUUUUAAAAAAAAAACUGA